AUGCAGCGCAUUCAAGAAAAGUCCUGGUGCUCGGGCUGGGAGCGUCUCAGCUCCGGCUCGUCGUCCGGCGGCGGCCCCUCCAUCGACGCCGACUUCCUCUCCACGCUCAGUACAAACGGCGAUGAACUCUCGGAGUUGGGCUUGGAAAACCUGAAUCAGCAGCUGGGGCUGUCUCGUGUGGACCUGGGCGGCGGCGGCGACGUGGGAGCGUUCGAAACCGACCCACUGGGCAUUCUGAACAACGUGAAGUCGUUCGCGCAGCCGGGCCUCGAGCAGCGUCCGCCGGUGUACCAGAACUACCUGCCAUCUGCGCGCCGCGAUCCUGGCCUGACCGCGCUCAUCUCCGGCAAGGACAGGGCCGGUAGCGUCAACGGCUUCAACAACGGCUCCUACAACUUGAUCGACAACUUUAGGCGCGAGCCUCAAGUGUCAACGGCGUACAUCCCCACGUGCUCGGGCACGAGCAGCACACUGUUGCCGGGCGUUACCGACAACGAGCUGCAGCUGGCCGCCCUGCUGGAGGCGUGCUCCACCGACCAGCUGAACCACAACUCCUUCUACGGCCUGUCGCCGCUGGAUGAGCGCCAGCCGCCGCCGCCGCCACCGCCACCACCGGCAGGGCCGACGCAGAAUGGCAAGUACAUGCCGGAAGCACUGCCCCCGCGCCGCUGCUCGACGGCCGACCUCGACCUGCGCCGACCCGGCUCCCGGGCCGGACCGGCGCCGUUCACCGGCCUGCAGGACCGCCCUCGGCCGUCCGCUCAUGACGACAUGUUCGGCGCGCUGUGCGGCCAGCCGGCGCCACUGCCUUGGUCACCCCAUGCACAGCCAGUCGAUCCCUCCCGCAGCCGCAGCGGCCCGUCCAACGAGCUGCACAUCCGCCUGGAGGAGUGCUACGACCAGUUCAAGCAGCUGGAGAAGGAGCGCAAGAAGAUGGAGGCGGAGCUUGCGCGCCAGUUCCCCGGCAAGAAGGUGUCGUCGGCCAACAACAUUCCGAUCCCGCGUCUGCCCACCAACCCGUCGCGCGUGGACCGGCUGAUCGUCGACCAUCGGCGCGAGCACGCCCGCGUGAUCACGCUGGUGGCCAAGACGGAGCGACUGCGCAACUGCCGCAUGCACCGCAACAUCCACACCACGCUGGAGCAGAUGCUGGAGGUGAUCAAGAAGGUGCAGGCCAGCCGCGGCGAGGAGAUCGUCAACGCGCAGAGUCGCGCGCGCGCUGGCAAUCCGUCCAGCACGCGCAUCCAGGAGGACAAGGACAUCCUGAAGCUGGCGGCGGCCAUCCAGGAGCUGACGCGCUGCUCGCGCCGCACGCGCACGGCCAUCUGGUGCGCGCUGGUGCUGACCACCCACUUCGCGCUGAACCCGGAGCUGGCAGCCGCCGAGGACGUGUCGGCCGAGGCCCUGCUGCUGCCGCCGCCACCGCCGCCACCGCCACCGCCGCCGCCGCCGUCGGCCGACCAGGAGGCGCCGGCCGCCAGCGCCGCCGCGGCGGCGGCCGACGAGCAUCAGCCGGCCAACUGAGCCGCCGCCGCCGGGCGACGCUGUAAAUUAUCUAACCUCAGCCUAUCUCAUCGUUGGACCAACGUAACUGCUAGCCCUUGUUCGUACGUGUGUGUGUGUGUGCGCGCGCGCGCGCGUGGGCGUGGGCGUGUGGCCGCCGUGAGUCGGCGUGGGGGCCCGGCGGGAGCGGGCUGGGUCCGCCCGGCAGGCGCGGGCGGCGGCGGCGCGUCCAGCCGCCGCCGCUCGGCCCGACUGCGCUCUCCGUCGUGAUUGAUGGCUGUUCUCUCCGAAGGCGCCCCGCUUCUGCGCGCCAGUCGGCCGCGUCCAAAUUGGCCAGUGGGACGGCGCCAGUGGUGCCGGCGAGCCGCGCCAGCUUCCUCUCAAUCUAUGCACCUCAGGUUCAUGCGUCGGUCCAAGCCUAGUGUUGGCCCCCUGUGUAUAGCCAGCGGCCGCACGCUCCGCGCUGAGGUAUUGUUUGAUACACUACGGAGCUUAGAACUUGUACUUACGCCUUUCAUGAUAGCUCAUGCCAAUUCGCCGUCUGACGCUGGUUGGGUAGAACUUCGCUCCUGUGACGCUAGCAUGGUUCAAGGGGAUUAGCGAGGCAAUCGGCUAGUGGCGCUUGACGCUCGCCUCCGAAGUGUAAAGUCCAAGGUAUGUAGUUGACGUUUCGCUGCCAAAGUUUGUGCAAUUAGUGACGUACCACCGGCUUUGGGCCUGUUAUGUCGGGGUGUCCUAACCUCGCCCUCAUCCUAUUCGUGUGAUAUAGAUUACCAUAAGUAACCUUGGAGAGUCAAGGGCGACGCAACUAGAUAUUAAAAACAGUCGGUAGAAGUUAUGUCCUAAUACUUGCCUUUCUGUAGCAUGUGCAAUUGAAUCUCUAGUGCCACCACCUCAGCCCAGCCUUGAACCCACCCUGUCGGUAGACGUGCUAGAGGCGUUUGGGGUCUGCCGCCCCAUGCGGGCCACGUACGCGGGACGGCCGCCGGGGCUGGGAGGUGGUGGGAUCGGCGGGCGGGAGGGCGUCUGCCCGGCCCGGCCCCGCCCCUCCCUGUCCGCCCACCACCACCGGGCACAAUUGUCAAAGACUCGCACUCAGGUUAUGUACGGCACGACGCCCCGGCGGCGCGGGGCCGGUGCCAGUGCGCGCGCGCGAGCCUGUUUUGUAUACAGAUUUGGUGUGUGGGGUACACGUACGCGGUAGGUAGCCGGCAGGGGUGUGUGGGGUUGGGCGGGUUUGCCCGCAGUCGGCUCCGAUAGCCCGGUAGUUGUGUAGCUAGAUUAUCGAUGGAGUUUCUCACGUGAGCUUAGUCAAAAUAGCCGGGGGAGCGCCGCGGCCCGCUGCCCCUUCAGCCUCGCAUGGGUGGACGGACGCGACCGCUGUGGUGCAGCGCACGCGGCGGCCAGGCGGUCGGUGUCCGCGCGUGUUGUGUGUUUGGCCCUGCCUUCUCCUGGCUGUGUCUCCACCGGAGACUGACUCGGCCCACGGUCGGGCCGCAGCAGCCGCCAGAGGGCGCUGGCUCGGCGGCGCGCCCGCACCGUCUGCGGACGCCGGGCGGGGCUUUGGUGCGACAUUUCCAGGGAUUCGGGCGGCUUUGUCCGGUUACUCAGCGGGCGAGUGGACCGCGCCGCGCUGCCGGCGGUCAGCGCAUGCUCGGCGGGGAAACAGGGCUGGUGACGGGCGCCGCCGGCCCGGCAGCUGGGUUGUGCCGUGCUGCUGUCGGAUGUUGACUGGACCGGGCACCGUGGUGGAAACAGGGUACGGCGGCCAUGGAGCUCGCGCGCAGCUCACACCGGAGGGUCCGCGGCUGGCAGAUCUACCUAUGACGCCGUCCUCGAGUGAUCUUAAGACAGCUCAAAUUUCAAAUGGUGACACGUUUUAGCCGGGCGCCAGGAGGCGCCCACCGGCACGCCCCGGAAUAUUGUACAUAUGUGAAUUGCUGCUGAGCGCUUCUUCUUUUUUCUACCAGUCAGCUUUAACGGUGCGUGGGUCUCCCGCCUGCGCCCGGGCGCGGCGCGGCGCGGCCGCCGCCACCGGCCGGCGCCUCGCCCGCCCGCCCGGGCGCACGUCCGUGGGUGUGCGUGUGUGUGUGCUGGUUUGUGAUAAAUUGCGGUGGACGCGACCCGGCUGCUGCGCCGGGCGCGGCAAAAUCGGCUACGUACAACAUAGUCACAGGACCGGCCGGCCGCGCGGCCUCCGUCUCACACGUGUUCGCGGUUCUCGGCUGCGCGCAAUAAGGAGCAUUAUUAGCGUUCGCCCCAGGUCGUCGUGCUCCCUGGUAGUGGUGCGCUCGGGUAGUCGUCCGCUGUUCUCAUAUCAUUUGCCUUUCCACUCGCUGGAGCUGUGACAUAGUCGUCGUAUACCCUGUAGUGCCGCGGGCGCGGCGGCCGCCGCCGCGCCGCCGCGCGCGCUGACGGCUGGUGCGCGCGCCCGCGCUGGUUGUGAAACGAUUGGAGAAAACGUAAUCUCUCUGCGCUGUGAGCUCUGGUAUGUUUUGACCGUGCGUGCCAUGGUGGCGCCGCGUCUGGUCGCCUGUCUAAUCGAGAUGCAAACCCGCUGGCCACCUGUCUGACCGAGGCAUAGCAGCAGGCACCGCCUUCGUAGUUGGUGUACGACCGCAAUCAAGUUCGCUUGGCCGCCGUGGUACUUUUAACAACGUUUACCAUAAUGUGGAAAUCAACGCAUAACGUUAAGUCAUAAUCGAGAGUGUGUGGAGCUUGUGCUGGCCAAUCGAUUUCGCAGUGUUGCUUUUUAGUUAUUCAUAUGCUGCGUCAAAUUAAUUUCCGUAGCAUGGUUGCCAACUUCAUUGGGUCCGAAAUUUCCGCGAUUGGAGCGGCGUGUUCGGUUCGUCUAUGAGUUGAGUGCUGCUCCGUUGGUGUUGUUGAUUUUCGGAUGGCUUUAGGCGGCGCCACGGGCCCGGAGGCAGCGCGGUCGCGUGGUGCCCGCCGCGCCGCGCGGCCGUCCGCGCGUUUUUCCGUUCCUCGGCGAGUGUUGUGUUCCGUGUUCAUCGGUCCUUCUCUGUCGUUCGGUCGGGGUCGGCGCUCCCCGCUAGAGUCGUUUUAGCCAUUUUGUAUGUACUGGCGGUUAGCUGUACUAAUUGCGCAAUGUUAAAGUUUUCUUUAAAUGUAAUAAACGAUAUA